AUGGCUGCCAGCAGCAAACCCGGCUCACCUGGAGCCAGAGCUCGCAAGAUAAAGAGCCAGCCCACACGUGCCUCACAGAAAUCAAAUUCUUCAUCGUCAUCACCAUCACCAGCCCCUUCAGAUAUCUCAACCACCAAAGCGGUUUAUGAAACACCAGCAAGCUCUUUCUCAGAACUAGAGCGAGAUGCAUUUACAAGUACAUCAACUGGGAUACCACGUCGUAAACUUCCACCCAGUAAUGUAAGGAAAGACAAACUGUGCGAUCGACCUUCAUCAUGUUCUUCCAAAAAGAAAACAUCGAGUGAUGAAGAAGGACCCGGUUCCAGUAAUGGCAAAUCUGGCGCCCGAGAAGGCAAAAAGCUUCAAAAUCCAGAGGACCCUGGGAUCCGCUCUACAGGUACGAACGAUCUACUCCAGUGGCUGAAAGAUGCUACCGCUGAGUUGGAGAUCAGUCGUCUCGGGGAAACUAUUUUUCAAUCAUUUCAUGAGAAGUUGAGCGAAGAGAUAAGAAUGCGCUGUCGGGCUGAAGAACAGUUAAAAUUUGUCAGUGUCACAUCAGAAAAGGAAGAAGCAUUGCGUGAGCACUCCAAGCUCAAAGCUCAUACACAGGAUUUGGAAGAAAAACUGAAAAAAUCACAAGAUGAGUUUAAAAAGCUUCAAGAAACACAAGACAAACGACUUGUUCUGUUACCAGAGUACCAAGGCGUCAGAGAAUGCUCCAGCAAGGACGUGCAAGAACAGGGACGACCCCACAAAGAUACUGGAGAUGUUCUAAACGAGCGUGAAAUAUACUUGGAGAAUAUGUGGGACGAAGCAGCAGAGCAGAGAGAGGCGGCAAUGGACCAGGCAACCGUCUAUGAGAGAGAUAUGAAUGUUGCGAUGCAAAAAAAAGAUCAGCUCGAGAUCGAGAAGGCUGAGCUUGUAGAAAGGCUUGAAAGGGUCAAGUCUAACGCCUUCACACAGAAACUGGAUCUUGAGAAAGCUGAAAAGGAGUCAGAACGACACGAAAGAGAGAACUCUGUUCUGAUGCAAGACAAAGAUAAGCUCAGAAUGGAAAAUGCCGAGCUUGUAAGAAAACUUGAGAGUUCCGAGUCUGAUGCCUUCAGACAGAAAUUGGAUCUAGAGAGGGUUAAAAUGGAGUCCAAACAACACGAAAGAGAGAAUAUUACUCUAAAACAAGAGAACGCCGAGCUUAGGAAACAACUGGAAGCAUACAAAUCGGAGUCGACCAAAGAGCAAGCGUCACAGAGAGAUGCAAUGACACAAACUGAGUUGGAAAUUGAGACUAUCGCUACGUCAACAGAAGGAACCUUGGGCACUUUUCCGGAUCUCACAACAGGAACUAUCGGCGACGCAGCAACACGAGAGAAUGAUGAAGAAUUGAACGAGGUUCAAGUAUACGAAGAAGAUCACCCAGAAGAGGCAGAUGAGCCACACGAGGACAACCAACAGAGUGAAGAGGACAAAGAACAAGAACUUCGAGAGCAUGAUGCUAUUAUGAAACUUAGCCGAGAGAAACUUGAGCGACUCGUGGCCACUGACAAUGAUGUGGCCCCUGACGGAGAUGCCGAACCAGACAAGACUGAGCAACAGGAUACAAGUGAGCAACAAAACACGAACAAACCAUCAGCCGAAGAGGAUAGAACUGUGACUAGAAGUCCAGUUCAUAUGGUAUCGGCGGCACAGCAAGAUGUCGCCCCAGCAGAAACCGUUCCUGAACCCCCCAUAGCAACGCCUAUUCCGAAUUCACAACGUCGAAGGGGCAACAAAGCCCAAAGAAGACCAAGAAUCCCGUCAACAGAAAGACGCGCGACGCCACCAUCGGUCUGA